CCCAAUCUCCCUAAGGCUUCGUUAGCCCCAGCCCCUUCAGCCAGCCAGGCCUGGGCCCCUGUGGACACGCAGCUUGUUCUCAAGAUGGGGACCCCACCCCCUCCUGUGCCUGGGCCCAUUGAUCAGAAAUAGCUGGGGGGCUCUCAGCUGGGAAGAGAAGAAGCUGGGAAGGGAAACAAGGAGGGAGAGAGGGGCUUUGAAACGUCAGAAUCUUCCCACCUGCCCCCCUUCUGCAUGGGCCCGCCCCAGAGCUGGACCAACCCAGCUCUUAGCCCAGGCUCAGACAUCGCAGUCUGAAGAUGGUUUGAAGAAAGGCCCAGCAUACCCCAAAGCCAGGAUCUCACCUGUGAAGACCGGGUACCCCACUCAGGUGGCUGAACCUCAGCCAGGGGACAUGGACAAAGGACGAUCGUAGAGGGAAAGACAGUCCUGCAGAGACCGAGGACCGACCAUGCUUGCCUGAGCUGAACCCAGGUGCUGAGGAUAAGCAGACCAAGAGUACCUGGCCACCCCUUGUGGCAGACAGGGCCCCUUGAGUGGCAGCUGUACCCCUGGCCCGGCUGAGAGGUUUUCUCAAGGAGGUGGACAUCCUGUCCCCAUGGCAGGGGAUGCUGACUGGGGGAACCUGGGAACACAGGACUGGCAGGCAGGGAGGGCUUCCCAGAGGAAAAGGGCCUUCCUGUCUACUGGCCUCGGUGUGCUCGCCUCCUCAGAGACCUACUCUCUACCUGUGAGCAGCUCCAGCUGGGAGCCCCCAGUGGGGACACCGUUCCUAUCAGGUCCCUGCACCAGCUCCUCAGAGGCCCAAGCCAUGGCUGAGACCCCCAGCCAGAGCCCCAAGAACCCACGCGUGUCUGGUGUGACAGUUCAGCUGGAGAUGAAGCCUCUUUGGGAGGAAUUCAACCAGCUGGGCACCGAGAUGAUUGUCACCAAGGCGGGCAGGAGAAUGUUCCCCACCUUCCAGGUGAAGAUUCUGGGCAUGGACACGCUGGCAGACUAUGCCCUGCUCAUGGACUUCAUCCCACUGGAUGACAAGAGAUACAGGUACGCCUUCCACAGCUCAGCCUGGUUGGUGGCGGGCAAGGCUGACCCGGCCACACCUGGCCGCGUGCAUUUCCACCCUGACUCACCGGCCAAGGGUGCCCAAUGGAUGCGUCAGAUCGUGUCCUUUGACAAGCUCAAGCUGACCAACAACCUCCUGGACGACAAUGGCCAUAUCAUUCUCAACUCCAUGCACCGCUACCAGCCGCGCUUCCAUGUGGUCUUCGUGGACCCUCGCAAGGACAGCGAGCGCUACGCUCAGGAGAACUUCAAGUCCUUCAUCUUCACUGAGACCCAGUUCACAGCCGUGACAGCCUAUCAGAACCACCGGAUAACCCAGCUGAAAAUCGCCAGCAACCCUUUUGCCAAGGGCUUCAGAGAGAGUGACCCGGAUUCCUGGCCUGUUACUCCACGGCCCCUGCUCCAUAUCCCAACCCGGAGUCACAGCAGCCUCAGUGCCUGCCUGCUGAAGCGCCCUCAAGAGCAGGACAAAGACCUCAACAAAACUUCAGCCUCCACCUCCAGGACCCCUGCCCGGUUCCAUCAACAGCUGCUGCCUCCUCCUGAGGCCCUCCUACCCCAAGCUACCUAUAGGCCCCUCACUUACCAGGCCCCAUACCCUGGAGCCCCAAGCCACCUUGGAAUCCCAAGGACCCGAUCAGCACCGUACUCCAUCCCCAACAUCCGGGCUGAUGGAAACCAGGGAGGCUUGACCCUCUCAACUGGGCUGGGGUUACUGUCCACCACCAUGUGCUUGGGGCCUGGGCAAGACUCUCAGUGAUGGUAGAAGCCCUGGGGAAGCCCUCCUACUCUGGACAACUGCCAGCCCCCACCCCUUAUUCCCCACAGCCCCUGUGAAUCAGCCUCUGCACCUUCCCAACCCCUGCUCUGCAGGCUCCUCUCAAGGAAAGCAGAGCAGUUAGAAGCCUCAGAAGGAGGCUACCUGCCCAGUGUUGGCCAUGCUGGAGCAGUGCCAGGAUUGGAACCAGGCCUCUUACCUCCCACCCCAGCAACUAAGAAUCCUUCCCCUCCUGCCUUGGGUGCGACUCUUCCAAAUCCAGUUAUACUUUUCCCUUGUCCUCAAAAUUAAACCAUUUGGCAUGAGU